AUGAAGCUCAGCCUCAUCGCCCUCGCCCUCGCCGCCACCACCGCCACGGUGGCCAUGCCCAGCCCCGACGCCGACGCCGACGCCCACGCCGAAGCCCGCGCCCUCCCCAAAUACUGUCUCGCAGGCAAGGAGUGCAGGAUGGCCUCGGCCAAAGCGUGCUGGGACUUUUGUUCCCCGUCCAAUUGGGACGGCAGCAUGUCGUCUCUCUGCGAGAACGGCAAGUGGAGCUGCUGCUGCACCAAGAAGAAUAGCGCUGGGCCUUGGAUCCCUUCUCCGAUCUAG